GUCACACCAGUGUGUAUAACCCUCAGACAGACAACUCAACCCAGAUUAACAGGAUGAAUAUCGCUGGAUAUCCUGUUCACACCACGGCAGGGGGGAACACCACAACCAUUCCCUUCAGCUCUGUGAGUGUUGAGAAUGGGAAUUCAUCCAGUUAUGCAUAUGAGAACUCAUCCAGUUAUGCAUAUGGCACACAUUUUGCAGACGCAUUUGAAGUAACCACAUACGACUACAAUAACAAUGACGAUGGCGUUUGCAAGUACAAGGCACACGGAGCCAGCUUCCUGCCAGUGCUGUUCUCCCUCUUCUUCAUCCUGGGGUUUCUGGGGAACGUUCUGGUCUUGUGGGUCAUCCUCCUGGGGGUGAAACUAUGCAGCAUGCCUGACGUGUGUCUUCUGAACCUGGCCUUGGCUGACCUGCUCCUGGUCUGCACCUUGCCUUUCCUGGCCCACCACGCUACAGAUCAGUGGGUGUUUGGUGACGUCAUGUGCAAAGUGGUCCUCAGCACCUACCACGUUGGCUUCUACAGUGGCAUCUUCUUCAUCACCCUGAUGAGUGUGGACAGGUACCUGGCCAUAGCCCAUGCUGUGUACGCCAUGAGAGCCAGAACACGGAAGUACGGGGCCAUCGCUGCCAUCGUGACCUGGCUGGCUGGAUUCCUGGCCUCGUUUCCUGAGGCACUGUCUCUUAAAGUGGAGAAAAACAAUGAGAAAGAAAAUUGUCACCUCUAUGAUGGACACUCUUGGGGAAUUUUUGGCCUUUUCAAAAUGAACACACUUAGUCUGCUAAUCCCCCUCGUCAUCAUGGGGUUCUGCUACACACAGAUAGUGAGAAGGCUGCUCAGUAAUCCAUCCUCCAAAAAGCAGGCCAUCAGACUCAUUCUCAUUGUGGUUGUGGUGUUUUUCUGCUGCUACUCAUUUUUCAAGGCCUUGGAGUUAAGUGAGGUCUACUCAAGCUGUGAGAGUAGCAAAGCCAUCAGACUCACUCUACAGAUCACAGAGGCCAUGGCCUACUCCCAAAGCUGCCUGAAUCCCAUCCUCUAUGUGUUUGUGGCGCAGAAGUUUAGAAGGCCUCUCAUAAGACUGAUAAACAAGGCUCCCUGCAGGAUGUGUCAGUUCAUGAAGUACUACCUGCCCCGGGACUUCAGAGCCUUAAGGACAGGAUCUAUUUACUCACAGACCACCAGCGUGGAUGAGAGGUCUACUGUCGUGUGAACAGCAACUUAACUGUAAAGACAAAUACAUCUGACAUCACAUCAUCACAUGUAAAUACCAAAUCCAGUGUCAAAUACAAUCAUCCGGAAAUAAUAGGCUCUGAUCCAGGUGCAUGGCGAAGUCAGGAAAUUGUCACUCAUCUCAGAGUUUCCCACCAGGGCGAUGAUUUUUACAGAAAUCAACCCAAUCACUAUAAAUUCCACAAACCAUUUAAUUUCCCUUUGUAUAGCAUUUUGUAUAGUACAGUAUGUCUAUUUGAAUGUCUAUUUGAAGUUUUUGGCACAUUUUGCAAAGUUAUCUUUUCUCUUAAAAUGUAUUAUAAAUCUGCUAGCACACAUACUGUAUGUAAAUACAGUAAUACUUUUUGAUUCUAUGUAAAUAAAUGUAUUACAGUAACUUCAUCCCCUCCUGCAUGAGGCAAAUUAAAGUACUUCCAAGAUAAUGUAAUCAAGAUAUACUCAGUGACCUAUGUUCCCAUGUGUCAGUGCUAGAGAAUAUGUGAAUGAUGGUGCCACCACAGACCAAUAUCUCUUACUCCUGUUAGCAACUUAUCUCACCACAAAGAGUAACACUGCUGGUGCCAUACAAUGUGUACACAAAAUGUCAUCCUAAUGUGAUUCACUGCAGUAUUGUAACAUGUUUUAUAUUGAUCAUUAUCAUCGGGAUGCAGAGGACAUUUAGAUUAUAACACAUUUGUCUGCUUUACCUGCUAUGAUAUUUAAUACUUAAAACAGCGCUCUGUACAGAAGCACACACCAACCUUAAACCAACCUUUUUUUUAUUGAAGUGAGCCAGUAAAUACCUACAGUAAAACAAUACCGGACUGGCUCUAACAUUUUAGUGGCCCCCAAAACAUGGAGCCAGUUAAUUUCAUGCAAUUCUACACAUUCUGCCAUGGUGUGUGAUGAAAAUGUUGCAAGUUCUGCUAUUUUUUUGUUCUGAAAUUUUAUAACACAUUUCUUGAAAUUCUACUCACUUUGACAUGGGGAAGAGAGAAGAAAAGUGCAUUUUAAAGCAAAUUUCCUGCAAAUCAACACAUUUUGU